UACCUUUAUUAUAUGAAGUAUUUGUGUUUUUCUCUUAUUUUGAACUGCUCAGUAAAAUAUUAUUAAUCAUUUUGUGUUGAAUCAUAACAAUUAUUCUAUUCAAUGACUAAAAUACGAAGAUGUUCUAUAAAGAAUUGCUAUACAAUGGAGGGAAAGUUCUUUAAGUUUCCUAAGCCAGGAACUAUGAAAUAUGACAGAUGGUUGGAGAAAUGCAGUUCUUCAUAUCGUACAAUAUCAACACUGAAAAAACCACUUAUUUGUGCCAAACAUUUUGAAAAAAAUUGUUUUGGGAAAACAAGAUUAUUAUUUGAUGCAGAGCCUUCACUUUUUCUCUCUGAAAUUGGAGUUAAAGUAGAGAAUGAAUCUAAUAUUCAAUGUAUGCAGAGUGAUUUUUUGAAUGAAGAUGUUGAGGAAAGGAUUCAAUUUGAAAACAAGGAAUUACAUAUGAAUAUAAAAAAAUUAAAAGCCCAAAAUAUGUCAUAUCAAAGGAAAGUGGAACGUUUAUAUAAACGAAAUAAACAAUUGAAUAAAAAACGUUUAAAACUUGUGUUUAAAAGUGAAAAACACUCCAAAGAACAAGAAGCAGCUGAACAACACAGCAUGUCUUAUCAAAAUGAAUUGGAAAAACUAUCUGAAGUAUCUGAAGAAGAAGUCAAUCAAGAUAUUAAACUAAAGCAAGAAAAAUUUAAUAUUUUGCAAUCUCAACUCAGUAAUCAAUAUGAUGACGAUUAUCAUUUUUUAAUGAGUUUUCGACAUCCAUUAAAAAUUAUGCGACCACAAACUAAAAGUAUGUUUUGUACAAAAUUAAAAGCACUUUUAAACAGUUUUACACUUGGAAUUAAUUCUAUGAGUAACGAAAAUGGAAAUAAUUCAAUAAAUUUAUAGAAUUAGAUUAACACUAAUUGAGUAAAGAAAACAGAAUA